GCACCUCUCACUUGUUUAUUGGACCGUGUUGUCAUCUUAUCGGAAAACCGGUAAAAUCAAAACAAAAAACCGGUAAAACCAAACAAAAAACAAACGCUUUCGGUGCUUUCGGUUGCAAUCGUCUCACUUUUUCGCAAAAAUCGACUGUUCUGUUCCGAAUCUUUAUUGAAUUUGAUCUGUUUUCCAUUUUUGGUGUGGAAAAUCGUUGGGGAAUCGUAUUUUCGCAUCAGCAAUGUCUAGUGUAGACCAUGAUAACGAUCUGAUUCGAAUUACGCAUUAUAUCAAUCCACACAACUUCUGGUUCAAGCAUGAGUCUGCUUAUCUUUACAAUGCCGAAGAGCAAGAGUUCCAGCUGGAGCUGAUUGAGUUUUGCGAGAACACUUUCGGCCGGGGCAAUAUUACAUCCGGUGUGUACAAGCCAACCCAGAUCGGAGAGCUGGUGGCGGUUUUCUACUUUCAAUUGGGACGCUGGACGCGAGCCACAAUCGAUGAUAUCCAGCAGGAUCUCAGCGGAGAGGUGAUGUGCAAUGUUUGGGCCAUCGACGAAGGUGUCCCAAUCAAAACCAGCUGUCGUUACAUCAAACCGCUGCCAUUGAGAUUUGGUAAGAUGCCCAGCACCGUUAAGCACGGCGGUUUGAUAGGGAUUAUGCCAGCAGAAUCGAGUUAUAACUAUUUGGAAGGUUGUAACACUCAUAAGAUGGUGGACAGUUGGUGUUCAGGCGUGGUCCGAGUUUUUCAAAGUCUGAUUGAAGACGCAGUUACGAUCAAAUUUUGCGACCAACGACACUACCAGGCACAGGGCGUGGAUAUGUUCUUUGGGAUACUGAAACUUACUUCCCAUCAGAACGUAACCAAUAACGCGUUGGAUUUAUUGAAAAAGGCUGGCGGAAAAAUGGUGAUGAUGGUCGAAAAUCGUGAAUUUUAUGACAAAUUUCCGUUGUUGCGAACACUGGAUAUGCGUCGGUGUGAAGACAACGACCAUCGCGAAAACAUGAAAUAUCAUACCAAUACAUUCCGCCCGCAAUAUGCCUCCACAACGGGAGCAUUCGAGUCCGAAAGAAAGCGCUUCCAGGAUAAAUACCUCAUUGAACAAGCUCGUGAGAAAUUCGUGGAAUGGGAUAAACGAAAUACGGCAUCAUCCACUAUUCAAAAUUUCUCGUUGGAUGAUUAUCUUCCAAUCAGUUCACAGCAACUUAAUAAGCCAGUUGUAUCUCCUUUGGUUAUGUCGUCAAUGCCACAAAACAAACCUAGACGGCGAUACGAUCUAGAGUACAAAACUUUGUUGGACGAAUCCGAUUCUGAUCGAGAAUCGGACCAUCUGGUUUCCCCACAAAAACGCCAUCCACCAAAGCAAAUCAGACAAACAGUGAAUAAUAAUCUCAAUGACCGAAGCGACCAUUCACUGACGAGACAACAUAACGGUGAGGUCUACAAUAAAAGUUUGGCAGACGUGGCUCCUGCUUUGCACAAAAUCAAACUGCGUCGCCGUGCAGCUAUUCAGAAAGAACAGGAUGCUGCAAAUUCAUCUGAUGCUCAUGGCGCUCGAGCGGCGCUCAAUAUAAUGCCAGCAGGAUUCAAUUUAGGCAAUGUGCAGUAUUCCAAAGGAAAUUUAAUUUUGGGAAGCAGCGAGGUGAAUGCAGAUUCUCGUAGUACCACUGUUGGUCCGAAAACACACGCGAUCAUGAAUCACAUGAACCACGGGAAUAAUCGAUGGCCUCGACGACAGCGACAAACAGAAGAUCGCGAUUCUUCAUUCGAGGAAGAAAUGAUCCGCAAGUUAGACAUCAGCGGUGGAACCAAAGCAGUUGAAAGUGAAGAGGAAGAGCAGUGGUGAUUUUCUACCUCCAAGGCAAAUGAUGAUUUACGAUUAGGUGUUAUACAAACAUAUUGAAUUCUUUUUUUAUUUUCAAAUGCAAAACUUCGUAUUUCGCUCAUAUGAGAUAUGAACGAACUGAACUACAGCAAUACAUAAUUAAUCUAUGUCAAUCAGAUAACGAUUUCUAGUUAAAUAAAAAAAUAAAUGCAUAAUUAAUAUAA